CGUGCUGCUUUGUGAUGUCCCAUUGUUGCAUGCUGCGUCUUUUCUUGAAGUUUUAUUUGUGGGAACACAUGCAACAUGCACUUAAUUUUUGAAUAUAUUGCCAUAAUUUAUUUAUACUGCUUGAAAUAAUUUUUGCCAUAAUUUAUUUGCAAUUACUUCUGGUAUUUAAAGCUUUGGGUGGCUAUCUCAAUUGAGACUGACAAGAGAAGCUUUCAUGGGAACGUUUGUAGGGCAUAUUCUACCUGCUUUGGCUUUAAUCCUCCUUGGAUUGUGGCACACCAUCAAUUCUAUCAGAUCCUACUGCCUCAAAGGCUCUGCUAAUUUUACUGUGAAGUAUUGGUACCCAUUUUACGGCCCUCUUUCACGACUCAAACAUUUGGAGCUUAUCUUCAUUCUGUUUUUCUCUGUCCUCGCAAUUUUCAUGCAACUUUUAGACUUCCCUUUCCUCCACUUUGCUUUCAAGCUUGACAACUUUGAACAUGCAACCAUGUUCCUCCAUCUUGCCAUAUUUGCAGGCUUCACACUUUCUGCAGAGAUAACACAAUCAUCUGAAAUCCUUUCUGGGGUCAUUGGAAUACUUGCAGCCUCUGUUUUUGGUCAAGAACUCUUCCUACUCCAUUUCCACUCAACUGACCAUGUUGGACUUGAAGGUCAUUAUCAUUGGCUCUUGCAGCUUGUAGUGUUUGUGUCUCUUGUGUCAGCCUUAGCUGCAACUAGUUUUCCAUGCAGUUUUCCUGCAGCUCUUGUUCUUUCAAUUUCUGUUGUAUUCCAAGGGUGUUGGUUUAUGAUCAUGGGGUUUGUGCUAUGGGUUCCUGAAUUUAUGCCUGAGGGUUGUGUUGCGCGGUUUGCUGAGGCCAGCACUCAUGACAUGCAUGGAGCAGUCACUUGUGGAUCUAUUGAUGCAGACUUGAGGGCUAGGGCACUGGCCAAUUUGCAAUUCAGUUGGACGCUUUCUGGAAUUCUGUUGUUCACUGGGUGUGUUUGCCUGAAAUUAGCUGGAAGGUGCAACCCAAGGGGCCAGUCAACCGAGUAUGAGCAACUCUGCAUUAGAGGUACAGAUGUCCCUAUAGCCAUGGAAGGCUUCAAGCAAGCUCGUCCUUGAGAUAUUGUACCAUGCAGAAUGCGGCAUUUUUAUGCCCAUUGUUAACGCCUCCAUUAGUGUAGAUUUUAAACUCGUGAUCAGUGAUUGUCAAAUAUCUCCUAUUAAGCCCCCCCCCAAAGCAAGAGAUGAAUUAUAAUUGUGGGGCGUCUCUUACCAAAUGUAGAUGCCUUCUGGGCCAACUUCUUUAUGUGAAAGUUGAUGUCUUCUACCUUUUAGAAAAGCAAAUAAGGCCAGGCUGAGAUUCCGCCUCUGUACUCCUCACUAGACUAUGAAGCUUGUAGUUCUGUUGCUCUUAUGAUGCAAAAUUAUAUCUGGUUGAAAAUAGAAACAAUUUAUGAUGUGUAA